AUGUCCAUCAUUACAAACCGCAAGCGACCUAGGGGGUUCAGUGAAAACUUCGAUCAAAGCCGCAAAGCUGCUGCGAACGAAGCUAUCAACUCUUCCAAGAACUAUGACUCCGUUCAAUCCCGUGGACAAUUCAACCAAUCUCCGAAUCUCAAUAUGAACAUCAACCUCAAUUCUUCUGACCCGGGUCUUUCAAACUGCGGCGGGUUGCAUCUACAAUCCUACGGUGCCUCUAAUGAGAAUGCUUUACUAGAGGAAGACGAAGAUUUGGAUCACGAGAUUGACGAUGUAUUCGACAGUAACGAUAGUGAUGUCGUAUUUUUGGAGGAGAGAAGACUCAAAUCUUCUUCUUACACCAGACAACAACGCAACAACUCUGACUCUUCUCAUAUUAUUGACAGAGACGUCUGGGAAGCAUACAACAUGUUCAAUGUGAACAAUGCUGAUACCCCUGACUCUUCAAUUACUCCUCUGUUGGCAAUCAAUCAGAAAAAGCAAAGAACCAAUUCGUUGCCGCAGCUUCCCCAAGCUCGUUGCUUUUAUGAGAAAAUUCCAAAUAAUUACAUUAUUCAGCAUCCAAAAGUUGGCAACAUUAAGACUCAUGUGGUCCCACAUAAGCUUAAUUUGCCCCCAUGCGAUGAUGAAGAUGGUCAUUAUAUCAUAAAAAAUAAUGAUUUGUUUGCGAACAGAUUCAUUAUUCAAAAGUUGUUGGGUCAAGGCACAUUUGGAAAAGUCGUCGCUUGCUAUGACAAGAUCAAUCGUGAGACAGUAGCGAUCAAAAUUAUUCGUAAUAUUGCCAAGUAUCGUGAUGCGGCUAGAAUUGAGCUAAGGGUAUUGACGACCUUAAAGAAAUUUGACAAUGAGAACAGAAAUCACUGCAUCCAUUUGAGAGAAUGCCUAGACUACCGAGGACAUAUUUGCAUAGUGACUGAUCUUUUGAAAAUCUCGCUAUAUGAUUUCUUGGAGAAUAACAAAUUCAUUCCGUAUCCAGGCUCUCAUAUUCAAGCAAUCGCUAAACAACUUGUUCGGUCAGUGACAUACUUCCAUGACCUCAAUCUUAUUCACACUGAUCUCAAACCGGAAAACAUCUUGCUUCAUGACGAUUCCUAUCAAAGAAAGCAGUUGAGAAGUAGUACCAUUGUGUCAAGCUAUAUGAACUUGAAUCUCAGCUCAGACAAAAGACGACCCGAGAAAGCUCCAAAGUAUUCAAGGAUUUUAAAUAAUCCUUUGAUUCAAAUAAUUGAUUUCGGGUCUGCAAUUUUUGAUGAUGAAUACCACUCGUCAAUAGUGUGCACAAGGCACUAUCGGGCACCUGAGAUCGUUCUAGGUGUUGGAUGGUCGUUCCCAUGUGAUAUGUGGUCAGUUGGCUGUAUAUUGGUAGAGCUAGUGAUUGGGGAGCCAGUCUUCAGGACCCAUGACAAUCUUGAGCAUUUGGCUAUGAUCGAAAAGGUCGUUGGGUCUCGCAUAGAUAAACAAAUGGUUCUACGUUCCAAGCAAAAAGAGAACGAGUGCGGUGUCAAGUUGUUUACCGACAAUUACAGACGCUCAUAUGAUGACAUAACAGAUGAUGAUUUCGAGGAUGACAUCGAAAUCCUAGGGGAGAUCGAAGCAGAUGACGAUGAUAGUCUACGAUUAAAGUUUCCUACAGAGUCUACUCCAGAGAAAUUCAUCCGCAGUGUUGAGCAGCUCAGUCGUAUUGACUUGUUUAUAAGCGAAAGAAUUGGCUUGAACAUCAAUUUUGACUACUCAUUGAGCGAAAACUACCAAAACAAUUCCCACAUCAUCAAUUUUGGGAACUUCACAUUCUGGUGGUUUUUUAUUGACUUGUUAAGAAAACUAUUUGUCAUCAACCCGGCUAAUCGGAUAUCAGCUCUUGAAGCGCUCGAACAUCCAUGGUUCAACUUGGGUAGUGAAGACGAAGGCACUGUGUAG